AAUUGUGGUGGGAGUGGGCAUAUCCCUCAUCUUCAUUUUCAUUACCAUGGCAUUCUACUCUCUCGUUCAGAAGAAUGAGCCAGCGCCUGUUGGACGAGCAGCACAGAGGAACUUGCGUGGACACACUGCCCAUCCUGAGACAAGAAGGACAUAUGAAAACAGGGCAUUUGAAAAUGAUGUGGUUGCUGUAACUGAGCAACACCCCAGUACAAGAACCACAGUCCUCCUACCAUCUAUCAACUCUGUAACCAUGGUGAUGGAGCCCUCCUCUGACACCUCAACCAAGCAGGACCAGCCAACCCUGGACCAAACAACCAUAGCCGGGCCAGAUCCUGAACCAAAAAAAGACUCACAGGACGGAGAUUAUUGUGCGGAUGGGGAGUGUGGACAAUGCCAGGACGCCUACACCCAUUCCAGCCCCAGCAUCCGGGCCAGCCAGGACGAGGGGAUUCACACAUUCCUGACCCUGCAGACUGCCGAAUCCUGUGACGUGCCCAUCCAGCACAGCGUCAACAUCUCCCACAGCGCUGCACCCCUGCUGCUGUCUCACUGCGUUUCCCUGGGCGUCACCACCGUGGCUGUGGAUGUGCAUUACUAUCCACCCCACUCAGCUUCUUCCACUUUCACUUCUGCUGCUCUGGAGCUCGGUGAUGGCUCACCACUGCCUCAGAGACAGGGAUAUGACCAGGCGGCUCCUAAAAUGCAUUAUGUGCAGAGGACGUGUUUGUAAAUAAACGCCGCACAUUGAAGAAGGACCAGUACAGAGUGCAGGAGAGGAAUACAUGGGGGAAUAAUGAAGAAGAAAACAGGAAGAAAAAACACUGUGAAUAAACUUUUUUUUUCUGCCUAAAGCAUGAAUACAGUCUGUUAGAUCAUAUACAGUGGUGUGAAAAAGUGUUUGCUGUAGCUCUUAGAAUUCUGCCAUGCAGGCCAUUUUGGCCCAGUCUCUUUCUUAUGGUGGAGUCAUGAACACUGACCUUAACUGAGGCAAGUGAGGCCUGCAGUUCUUUGGAUGUUGUUGUCUUUUGUGACCUCUUGGAUGAGUCGUCGCUGCGCUCUUGGGGUAAUUUUGGUCGGCCGGCCACUCCUGGGAAGCCAUUUGUGGAUAAUGGCUCUCACUGUGGUUCGCUGGAGUCCCAAAGCUUUAGAAAUGGCUUUAUAACCUUUUCCAGAGUGAUAGAUGGUAAAUGGUAAAUGGCAGGCAUUUAUAUAGCGCCUUUAUCCAAAGCGCUGUACAAUUGAUGCUUCUCCAUUCACCCAUUCAUACACACACUCACACACCGACGGCGAUUGGCUGCCAUGCAAGGCCCCGACCAGCUCGUCAGGAGCAUUUGGGGGUUAGGUGUCUUGCUCAGGGACACUUCGUCACAGCCCGGGCGGGGAAUCGAACCGGCAACCCUCCGACUGCCAGACAACUGCUCUUACUGCCUGAGCCAUGUCUCAAUUACUUUCUUUCUCAUUUGUUCCUGAAUUUCUUUAGAUCUCGGCAUGAUGUCUAGCUUUUGAGGAUCAUUUGGUCUACUUCACUUUGUCAGGCAGGUCCUAUUUAAGUGAUUUCUUGAUUGAGAACAGGUGUGGCUAGAGAAAAAAAAAAAAAAAAAAGAUUAGGAAGGGGGCAAACACUUUUUCACACCACUGUACAGCCAUUAUACAGCACACCUCCAUUCGUCCGCUUGUAGGGAAUAGGUUGAAAGGAUGAUUCGUCUGACCAUAUUACUUUUUCAGCGGCUCAGUAAAACACUGGCUGGUUUUGUUUUUUUAGCUCUUUACUCAUUUUAUGUACAAUACCACUCUUUCAAAAUAAAUGUAUCUAUUCAUGGUAGCCAGAAUUCAUGCGCAGCUAGCUGAGCCUACCCAGAAGUUGUGUACCUGUGUGUAUACACUACACCUGUGUGGGAGCACAUAUGUAUUGUUCCCUUCAUUUACAGUGUUUUAUUUGUUUAUUUUGACAGUUAUCUGUAUUUUCCAUUGAACAGUGAAUAUCUUAUAUACCUUGUAAUAGUAGCCACACUUUGGCUUAAUGUGUGUAAUUUGUGGGAUGUUUGCUAAGAAACCAAUAGGUGGCUAUUACCAUUCCCUGGUGCUGCUUUGGUAACUA